UUUUCCAAAGACGUUUUAUACAUGGAUAACAGCAGUGUGAUGGUUCGCGCCUUACCUUAUCCCUUCUAUAGCAAGAUCCUGAACGCGCAUUUCAGUCCGGCAUACGAGUUCGUGUUUUUUCUACAAUGCUUCUCGACCUUUGUCGUCAAUUCCGUCACGGUUGCCGCGUGUGGCCUCGCGGCGGUUUUCGUGAUGCACGCGUGCGGCCAGCUCAAAAUUUUAAUGUCCUGGUUAGACAAUCUUCUGGACGGACAAAAUGAAGAGAAAAAUUCUAUAAAACAAAGGUUCGCCAUCAUUGUGGAGCAUCAUCUGAGAGUGUUGAGACUUGUAUCCCGUACAGAAAGAAUUACGAAUAUAAUAUGUCUUGUAGAAUUAGUCGGAUGUACGAUGCACAUAUGUCUUUUAGGAUAUUAUUGCAUUAUGGAUUGGGUACAAGAUAACAAACAGAAUAUUAUUUCAUAUUGUAUAAUAUUAACUUCAGUUACUUUUAAUAUUUUUAUAUUUUGUUACAUAGGAGAGGUCCUUUCUGAGCAGGUAUAUAUAAAACGGCCUUUAACAGGGCGGACAAGUUGGUAAAUCUGCUUAUAUGACGAAUUGGUAUCUCUUGCCUGGGAAAACGGCCCUUGGACUCGUUUUGAUAAUUUUAAGAUCCGACACUGCCCUUAAAAUUACUGCUGGGAACAUUGUUCAGCUGUCAU